AACUCAAACCCCGAGGGAGAGACCUGAAAAAGCGGGAACAAAACUCCACCGCCAUCUCUCUCUCUCUCUCCUCUCUCGCUCACUUACUCAACCGGCCACUCUCCGGCCGUCCGGCGACUCCUAUAAAUACCCAAAGAUCCGCUUCUUUCGCUCCCUAUUAAUACUCCACCACUUAAAAAACCAAAAGAGAAAAUACAAAGAAAGAAUUUCAAUCAGAGGAGGAGAGAGAAUAGGUUGAGCAAAAGCGGUUAGAUCGGAGAUUCUUCAAUUCCUUGUCUGAAUCAAUAACACGAAAACCAAAAUUUCUGCUUUCUGAGUUUGAAUUCUUUUUUUUUUUUUUUUUAAUCUUUCUUACCUUUUGGAUCGUUUUUGUGCUCCGUUUUGGUUACAUGAUCUCAAAAGUUUUCCUGUGUCUGGCUGUGAAUUCGGUGUUCGAAUGGAAAAGAAAAGCGUAUUGUUGUGACUUGUGAGCCUAGAACUCUGUAUAGCCGUUUGAUUACAAGAUCUGGUUUUUUCAUUUGGCUGUGGAAUUCGGGUUAUAAAUGGAGCAGAAGAGCGUAUGGUUAUCGGCGUUGAGUGUGGGGGUGGGAGUGGGAUUGGGGCUCGGGUUGGCUUCGGGUCAGACCGUGACCAACUGGACCGGAGCCGGUUCGGUUUCUAGUGGCGUUACUCUGGAGAGGAUGGAGCAGGAGAUGCUCCGGCAGAUAGUUGACGGCAGAGAAAGCAAGGUCACCUUCGAAAAGUUUCCGUACUAUCUAAGUGAGCAGACACGGGUCUUGCUAACAAGUGCUGCCUAUGUCCAUUUGAAGCAUGCUGAUGUUUCUAAGUACAUACGAAAUCUUUCUCCUGCAAGUCGGGCUAUUUUGCUCUCAGGACCUGCAGAGCUUUACCAACAAAUGCUUGCCAAGGCUUUAGCCCAUUUCUUUGAUGCAAAGUUACUACUGUUAGAUGUAACUGACUUUUCCCUGAAGAUUCAGAGCAAAUAUGGUAGUGCCAACAAAGAAUCUUCUUUUAAAAGGUCUACUUCAGAGUCAACACUGGAGCGACUGUCUGGCUUAUUUGGAUCAUUUUCAAUCCUUCCGCAGAGGGAGGAACCUAAAGGUACAUUACGGAGGCAAAGCAGUGGCGGUGGGGUGGAUAUCGGAUCAAGGCCAACAGAAGGUUCUUCUUAUCCUCCUAAACUUCGUAGGAAUGCCUCUGCUUCAGCUAAUAUUAGCAACCUCACUUCGCAAAGCACUCCUGCAAAUCCAGCUCCUCUCAAGCGCACAAGCAGCUGGUCCUUUGAUGAGAAGCUUCUUAUACAGUCUCUCUACAAGGUUUUGGUUUUUGUGUCAAAAACCAGUCCCAUUGUGCUAUAUCUUAGGGAUGUUGAUAACUUCUUGUUUAGAUCGCAAAGGACAUAUAACUUGUUCCAGAAAAUGUUGAAGAAACUGUCUGGAUCAGUGCUGAUCCUUGGUUCACGAAUUGUGAAUCCUGACAAUGACUAUGGAGAUGUGGAUGAGAGAGUUACUGCUGUCUUCCCUUACAAUAUUGAGAUCAGGCCUCCGGAAGAUGAAUCCCAUCUUGUCAGCUGGAAAUCUCAACUGGAGGAGGAUAUGAAGAUGAUCCAGGUUCAGGAUAACAGAAACCACAUCACGGAAGUACUUUCAUCAAAUGAUCUUGAUUGUGAAGAUCUGGAUACAAUCUGUAUGGCAGACACUAUGGUUCUCAGUAACUAUAUAGAAGAGAUUGUUGUAUCAGCAAUUUCUUAUCAUUUAAUGAAUAACAAGGAUCCUGAUUACAGGAAUGGAAAACUUGUUAUAUCAUCUGAUAGUUUGUCCCAUGGAUUGAGUAUCUUCCACGAAGGGAAAUCCAGUGGCAAAGAUACGUUAAAGUUGGAAGCACAAGCUGAAACAUCUAAGAAUGCAGUAGGGGAAGAGGCCGUAGGCAUGAAGCCAGAAACAAAGGCUGAAAGCACAGCUCCUGAACACAAAAGUGAAGUAGCAUCAGCUUCAGUACCAAAGACAGAUGGCAAUAAUUCAGUUCCAUCUUCAAAAGCUCCAGAACCUGACAAUGAAUUUGAGAAACGCAUUAGACCAGAGGUUAUCCCAGCAAAUGAGAUUGAUGUAACCUUUGCUGAUAUUGGUGCCUUAGACGAGAUCAAAGAGUCCCUUCAAGAACUAGUAAUGCUCCCUUUACAAAGACCAGACCUCUUCGUCGGAGGCCUUCUAAAACCUUGCAGGGGAAUAUUGCUAUUUGGUCCCCCUGGCACUGGGAAGACAAUGAUGGCGAAGGCCAUUGCCAAGGAGGCCGGAGCAAGCUUCAUAAACGUAUCCAUGUCUACCAUCACUUCUAAAUGGUUUGGUGAAGAUGAGAAGAAUGUUCGAGCUUUAUUCACACUGGCAGCCAAGGUCUCUCCGACUAUUAUAUUUGUAGAUGAGGUUGAUAGCAUGCUUGGGCAGCGAACCAGAGUUGGAGAGCAUGAAGCCAUGCGGAAGAUAAAGAAUGAGUUCAUGACUCACUGGGAUGGGCUCUUGACAAAACCUGGUGAGCGCAUUCUUGUUCUUGCUGCAACUAACAGGCCAUUUGACCUUGAUGAAGCAAUUAUUCGACGCUUUGAACGGAGAAUUAUGGUGGGAUUGCCGUCCAUGGAGAAUAGGGAAAUGAUAUUUAGAACUCUCUUGGUAAAGGAAAAGGUGGAAGAAGAACUAGACUUUAAGGAGCUAGCAAGUAUGACAGAAGGAUAUACAGGAAGUGAUCUGAAGAACUUGUGUACGACAGCUGCUUAUUGGCCAGUUAGAGAGCUAAUACAGCAAGAGAGACUGAAGGAUUUGGAGAAAAAGCAGAGAGCUGCAGAAGGGAAAGAAGUCCAAUCUAAGAAUUCAGGAGGUGAUUCAGGCAUAAAAGAACGUCAGGAGGAAAGGGGAAUUACCCUUAGGCCAUUGAAUAUGGAAGACUUGAGGCAGGCAAAGAAUCAGGUUGCUGCAAGCUUUGCUUCUGAAGGAUCUAUAAUGGGUGAGUUGAACCAGUGGAACGAUUUGUAUGGGGAAGGGGGCUCGAGGAAGAAGCAGCAGUUAUCUUAUUUCUUAUGAUCGGAAGAGUGCCGGAAGAAUGAUCUUUACUAAUGCGAGCAGCAUUCGCUUUUUUAGCCAACCCUUUUUCCUUGGACCAGAAAGUUCCUCUCAUUGGUAAUAGGGAGGAGGGAGUUGAAGCAAUCAACAAACAAACAGAAGCUUGUCCAGUCGACCACGCCCUAAUUACUGCAGGUAAUUGCAAACAUGGACCUGUUACUUCCUAUAGUUAUAUACUGCUAGGGUUAUGCUUGUAUAAUGCUUUAGAUGGAUCUUGUUUUGCAUUUUGCUGCUUGAUUCUGAGAAUAAGAAACAGCCUGUUAGGAAAUAGAUUUCCUAGUCCCCAAAGGUUGAGAGAAUCCUAAUGAAAGCAUUAGGAGAUACUUGGGCUCUUAGGCAUGCAUGCUUGGACAUAGUGCUAUGUUGUGGACUUAGAAGAUGGGAUUUGACUUUUGAGUAUCCAAAGUAGCAAUGAUUCCCGUUAAUGUAUUGUGUAUUUAGAUUAUUCCAAAGAAGCCAAACAACACUUAGGUAUGGACUUCUUUUAUAUGAUGUCUUUUUUUUUUUUCUUUUUUCUUUUUCUAAUGUCUUUCUUAGUUUGUCAUAUGUAUAUUAAAAUACUAGUAAACUUCAUUGUGAAUGGAAUUUUGUUUUCAAAUUGUGUAACUUUUGAAUGGAAUUUAUGUAUGGCAUUACCGACAAUGCUCCUUUAGCA